AUGGUUGUGUUACUUAAUAUACCAAAUCAAACUGACGACUUAAAUCUUGGUUGUAUUCAUUUGGCUGCCAGCACUCUUACAAUGCUAAUGGACACAAUUCUCAAUCGUAAGUACGCAUAUGAUGUCAUAGUCAAAGCUGAUUGGACAGUCAUUUUUAUGUUCAUGGGUCUUUUUGUCUGGCUCAGAGAUUUCCAAAACACCUGCUUUCCAUUCAUGGCAUUUGAGCAUUUAGCUCCUUACAUGAAUCUUAAUACAAUUGAAGGUGUUUUACUAUUCUCUGUCUUUGUCAUCAUUGGUUCUAACAUAUUCAGUAAUGUACCACUAGUGAUAUUGAUUGUUGGUCAUAUAUCUGACCUCUAUGAUGAUUGUGGACCAUUAGGUGGGUUACUCCUUGCCUGGAUUUCUACUAUAGCUGGUAAUUUCACUCUUAUUGGAAGUGUGGCUAAUCUCAUUGUUGCAGAAAAAGCACGAAGCUCAGCCAAGUAUCAUAUUUCAUUUCUUGAAUACUUCAUAUUUGGUUUUUCAUCUACACUGCGGAUAUUAUACGUGUGCCUUCCAGUAGUCUAUUUUAUGGGAAAACUUGCUGCUAAAAUAUAA